CAUACGGCUGUAGGGUAUCAGUCUUCAACUGUCCAGUCGACCUAUCAUACUAUUAUCAUCGACAGUGUAUCUUCAACGAUAAACUCAAAAUCAAAAUGAGCAUCAAAAUGUCGCUGUUCGCUAUCGUAGCCUGUUGUCUGGCCGCCAUGUCCACCGCUGCCCCGUCUGGUUUGGCUGCCGUUCCCCUAGCCGCUGCCGCACCGGUCGUGGCCGCUCCCGCCGCACCAGUAGUCACCGCUUACAGUUCGCAGUACGUGGCCAGAAACUAUAACGGCAUCGCCGUCGCGCCAGCCGUUGUCCCGUCCGCAGCCAUCGUCGGCUACCCGGCGCCCGCACCUAUCUAUGCACCCGCCGCAUACGCCUACCCAAGUCCUCUGGUCCAAGACUACUUGUUCUAAACUUGAGCACAAGUCGAGAGUUCAAAGCACACGCAGUAUAUAGUCGUACUAUUUCCGUGCGUCGAAGUCUCUCUCCUUCGCGAUCUUCAUUCUUAUACUUUAUUUCGCAAUCACGUAUACGUCAUAUUAUUAUAUUUUAUUUGUUACGAAAACAAUAUUAUUAUUAAUCUACUGCUGUUAUGUUUAUUUUUCAUAAUUCUUGUACGAUUUUUAAAAUAUAAAUAAACCGAAAGUUGUUUACUCUUCACAAACCACGAGUCAAUAAAAUGUGUAUUAUUGUUUUUA